GUGUCGUUGAUGGAAAACACCCAUCGACUGUAUCAAAUGAGCUUUGUAUCACACCCCUGAGAACUGUAAACAAAGAUAUUACACACAAUCUUGUAGCCUUUGUACUAUGUGCAAUCGUAGUUAAACGAGUACAUAGUAGUGCCCUUUGACAUUCCCAAGUUUUAUAGUUUGCUAAGAGAGUUAAUAACUCGGAUCUAACCGUCACAAUUUAAUUUUACAAACAUGGAUGAUGAUGAGCACUAUCAAAGUGGUUACGAGGAUCAUUAUCCAAGUGGAUCUUUUCCCAAGGAUUUUGGGUAUGCACCGUUUGAUGGAGAAACUGAAGGGUCCAUGGAUCCCUUAGCUGGCGAACAAAAACCUAGAAUACUUUUGAUGGGACUUAGACGUAGCGGCAAGUCGUCGAUACAAAAAGUAGUUUUCCAUAAGAUGUCACCGAACGAGACACUGUUCUUAGAGAGUACAAAUAAGAUAAUUAAGGACGACAUAAGUAACUCCAGCUUUGUACAAUUCCAAAUCUGGGACUUCCCUGGGCAAAUUGAUUUCUUCGAUCCUACCUUCGACAGCGACAUGAUAUUCGGCGGUUGCGGGGCACUGGUAUUUGUAAUAGACGCGCAGGACGAUUACAUGGAAGCGCUUAAUAAGCUCAACAUAACGGUUACUAAAGCGUACAAGGUUAACCAGGCGAUCAAGUUUGAAGUCUUUAUCCACAAAGUGGACGGACUGUCGGACGACUGUAAAAUGGAGACGCAAAGAGAUAUACACACGAGAGCGAAUGAUGAUUUGGCGGACUCUGGGUGUGAUCAAAUACACCUGAGUUUUCACUUGACCUCGAUAUACGAUCACAGUAUAUUUGAAGCAUUCAGCAAAGUCGUUCAGAAGUUAAUACCACAGUUGCCUACUUUAGAAAAUUUACUUAAUAUACUCAUAUCGAACUCCGCGAUCGAGAAAGCAUUCCUAUUCGACGUCGUCUCCAAAAUUUACAUCGCGACGGAUAGUUCGCCCGUCGAUAUGCAAAGUUACGAACUGUGUUGCGACAUGAUCGAUGUCGUCAUCGAUGUUUCCUGCAUAUACGGAUUGAGGGAAGAUUUGGAGGCCGCUGCAUUUGACAACCAAAGUUCGAGCCUAAUCAAACUGAAUAAUGGCACGAUCUUGUAUUUACGCGAAGUGAAUAAGUUUCUAGCGCUGGUUUGCAUCCUGCGCGAGGAUAAUUUUGAUAGGCAAGGCGUGAUUGACUACAACUUCCUGUGUUUCCGCAAGGCGAUACAACAAGUGUUCGAGUUACGAAACAAAGCACUAGCCGCGAUAAACGCGAAUAAUCACUCAUCCUCUCCUGUGAGUACGAAUGAAACGUCAAAUGCUCCCGCAGUAUCGCAAACCGGAACUAUCGGACAAAAUGGUACUGUCGUGAUCGCGCAGAGUUAAGCUUUACGACGUACAUAAAACUUCUCACGAGUAAUAACGAAUUUUAAGAAUAAAUUUUAAUAUUAAUUUUGUUAUAUCUCUUUUCUGUGUAAAUGUGUCUUAUAAACGCCGCAUCUCUUUUUCUUAAUGUUAUGCCUUUUACAAUAUAUAUGUUAUCGAACAUAAAAUAUUUUUCAUACCGAGAGAAUAGCUUACGUAAUCGUGUAAAUUAUUAUUAUAAUUGUGUUACCAACAUUACAAUAUUCUCGAUUAUAUCUCUACGAUGUAAGUAAUCAUAAAUUACUAAUAUAGCGAAACUCUUUUAUAAUUGAGAUACAUAGUUGUUGAAUAGAGAAUCGGAAUGUAUAUAUGUUAUCAGUUACCUAUUGCAAUUUCAAAUGCAUAUAGACUUCUCUUGCAUAUCUCAAUGGGACAUAAUAUAUGUCAAUAUACGUUUAA